AUGUCGGACGCCGAGGUAGACACGGCCUUCAAUGCAGCUGUCCUGCGCAUGACGCAGGCCGAAGCCUCCAAGCGCCAUGAGGCCGUCGUGCACCAGCAUGCGAUGGCGCUCUACGGGCUGCUACAGCAAGCCACGAAAGGCGACAACGACACCGACCGCCCACGCUGUCCCAUCAACAACACGGGCAAAGCGAAAUGGGAUGCGUGGACGGCGCGCGCGGGCAUGGCGUCCGAGGCGGCCAAGCAAGAGUACACGCGCCUCGUCGCGUCCAUCCUACCGCCGGCCGACAGCAGCGCGCAGGAAACGACGUCGCGCGGGCUGCAGUUGAAGCGCUGGACGCCGUUGCCGGCGCAGGCGCAGCAAACGAUCUUCCUGCACCUGCUCAUGUACGUUGGCGCGGCCAUGUUUGCGACCCAUUUCGUCGUCGUGCUCGCGCAGCACAUCAAUGCGACCUGCGCCGUCGGUGACAGCGUGCUCUGCGCCGCGUGGCAUCGAUCCUACUGGCUGCGACUCGGCGGUAGCUGGACGGGCGUCGGUCUUGCUUUUGGCACGCUCCUCCAGACCCACGUAGUCCAGCUCCUCUCGGUCUUGUACGUCACGGUGCCACGCGUCGCUGGCCGUCGUCCAGCCACCCCCGUCGAGACGUGCCCACACCUCGCCAUGGUCAAAAAAUUCAAUCUCUCGAUGGGCAAGGUGGGCACCGCCACCGAAGAGCACCCUGUGAUGACGUUUGUGCCGGAAGCGGCGUCGACCCCGUUCCCGCCGUACGACUCGCCGAUCGAACAUCCCUUUGAGAAGGCUGCGGACAUGCACUUCCGCCGCUUCAAGGAGCCCUUCCCAGAUCCGUUCGAGCCGGCGCUUGUGGGCAUUGACGUCACGGUCGACUUUGAGUUCACCAAGUGGAACUGCGUGUACAAGCAGCGCAAACUCAAGCUCAAGAACACGGCGCCAGGCUUCAUCAAGCGCUUUGCUGGCGACGAGUUCAUCUUCUUCGUCGAAGAGUCGCUCUGGGACAAGGCCAACAAUGUGCUCUACGUGCGAGGCUUCAAUGAGAGCUUUGCCGACCUCGCGCUCGUCCGCAGCUUUGCCGUCUACGCCACGCACCCCGAGAACGACGCCUGGUCCUCGGUCAUGCAGACGGGCUCGGUGCAAAUGAGCAACAAGUUUGGCUUCCUCCGCUCGACCGUCGAGGGCUUUGUCAAGGAGAGCUACGCCAAGACGAGCACGAAAGCGCUCGCGUACCUCAAGGUCCGCCUCGUCGAAGAGCGUGCCGAGGCCGAGGUAGCGACGGUCAUGCCGUAGACAACUAGAUACGUCUCUUGCACGCUACAGGACAUGUAUUCCUCGUUCACCUAACCCUACAAACGCGAGCGG